AUGAGAUUGCUCACCUGCUUGCUGUCUGGCAUCCUCUACUUGGAGGCAAUGACGGCUCGUGCACUGGAGUCGAAGCCCCGUUCAAUCUUCGCCAGACUCCGGAGUAAUGUAUUCAAACCCGCCAUGAACCGCGACGUGGCCCCAUCUGUGGUUAUGGACGGAGAAACCUUGGAUUAUCGCUUAUACCAGAAGGGUGACAAAUUCGGCCUCAUUUCGGACGUCGUAGCCGCUGACUGUCAGCUGCAUCUUUGCUGGGUCGGAGUGGAACGCAAGACCAAGGAAGUCAUCGCCGUGGUCGAAGUGGUUAUUCCUGAUAGAACUGCCACUAAGGAGAUCACUGAUGCGCUCAGAGCCAAGAUGUGA